UUAAAAAUGAUUUUCUUUUCUUUUCUUGUCGUCGAGGUUACUGGAGGAGACUCGUGGUGCUUUUAGGAGGAACCCAACUGAUCUUCUUCUCUUCACUCUGAUCUCUCCAUUUCUUCUUCUCAAAUCGAUUAGGGUUUCCUCUUCCAACUCUCUCAGCUCACAAUGUCGUCGAAGUUUGAUCUUCCACCCAAAGGUGGCUUCAGUUUUGAUCUUUGCAGAAGAAACGCUAUGCUUUUGGAGAAAGGUUUCCGCCCACCAACUUAUCGAAAGACUGGUACUACUAUUGUUGGUCUAGUUUUUCAGGAUGGUGUCAUUCUUGGAGCAGAUACAAGGGCCACUGAAGGACCCAUAGUUUGUGAUAAGAAUUGUGAAAAAAUUCAUUAUAUGGCUCCCAAUAUCUACUGUUGUGGUGCCGGAACUGCUGCUGAUACUGAGGCAGUAACAGAUUUGGUCAGUUCCCAACUACAGCUUCAUCGCUAUCACACUGGGCGAGAAUCAAGAGUUAUUACUGCUCUUACCCUACUUAAGAAACAUCUUUUCAACUAUCAAGGUCAUGUCUCAGCAGCUUUGGUCCUCGGCGGUGUUGAUGUCACUGGGCCUCAUUUACAUACCAUCUAUCCUCACGGUUCUACCGAUACAUUGCCAUUUGCUACAAUGGGCUCUGGUUCACUUGCAGCAAUGUCAGUAUUUGAGACUAAAUACAAAGAAGGGCUCACUAGGGAUGAAGGAGUGAAGAUCGUGACUGAGGCAAUAUGCUCUGGUAUUUUUAACGACUUGGGCAGUGGAAGCAAUGUCGAUGUUUGUGUAAUAACCAAGGGACACAAGGAGUAUUUGAGGAACCAUUUGACGCCCAAUCCUCGCACCUUUGUCAGUGAAAAGGAAUAUAAAUUCUCCGAGAAGACUGAGGUUCUUUUAACAAAGAUUACUCCAUUAAAAGAGAAGGUUGAAAUAAUUGAAGUAGGGGAUUCAAUGGAAGAGUGAAAGGUGUGGAGAAGCAAAUGAGCAUUUCUUGCAAAUUCUAAAGAUGGAAUAUAUGAACUCGUAUUUCUUUCCUUUUGUGUUCCUCAUCAUUUUAUCUAGCAUUUACAUGGUCUUUUCUUAAUCUGGAUCUCUCAGUACUUGUGGGCAAAGAAACUGUUGAAUUGGUUAAUGGUACUUUGUUUUGUAGUGUCAAAACUCAAAAUCAAUAGAAUGCCACCUAUAAUCUGCCUA